AUGAUCCAGACCGUGGCCUUCAGUAUGGCGGGGCUCUGUUCCGCUAUGCCGACGGCUGGAGGGCUUUAUUAUGCUGCCGCAGUUUUGGCGCCAGAGGGUUGGGGACCUGUUGCGGCGUGGUUUGUGGGCUGGAGUAAUUUUUUCGGGUUCAUUAGUGGGCCUUGCUCGCUGAAUUAUACGCUUGCGGCUAUGGUGCUGACGGCGGGGCAGAUAAGUAAUGCGGAUUAUGUUCCGAAGGAUUGGCAUAUCUACCUCAUCUUCCUCCUGAUCCUCAUUCUCCAGGGAGCCAUCACAAUGCAAAGCACCAAAUUCAUCGGCCACGUGAACGUCGUCGAAACAGUCUUCAACGUCCUCAUCGUCCUCAUGUUCAUCAUAUGGUUUCCAGUCGGCUCCAUCAACACCCCAAAGACAAACGACUCCCACGCCGUAUGGACGACUUUCGAGAACGGCACGCAAUGGCCCAUUGGCUGGGCGACAAUCAUGGGCUUUCUCACCACAAUCUACACCAUGUCCGGCUACGACGUCCCCUUCCACCUGACCGAAGAGUGCAGCAACUCGAACCUCGCCUCGCCUCGCGCCAUUGUCAUGACCGCGCAGUCCGGGCUCUGGAUGGGCUGGGCUAUCAUGAUGGUCAUCGCAUAUACCGUUAAGGACAUCCCGGACGUCGUGAGUGGUCAAUACGGCCAGCCAUUCGGGUCACUCUGUCCCCAGGUUCUGGGGAAGAGGGCAGGUCUUGCGUUCUUCUCGUUGACUAUGAUCGCCCAGUUUUUCUGCGGACAGGGUGUCACGAUCGCUGCAGCAAGGGUGACAUUUGCGUAUUCGCGUGAUGGAGCGAUUCUGGGGAGUAGGUGA